AUGAGUGUAUUAGUAGAAACAACAGUUGGUGAUAUUGUAAUAGAUUUAUAUACGAAAUAUGCCCCAAAUACAUCGAAAAACUUCUUAAAAUUAUGCAAAGUUAAAUAUUAUAACUUUUCUCCAAUAUAUAACUUGCAGAAGGAUUUUUCUUUCCAAACAGGAGAUCCUUUAGGACCGGAUGGAGAUGGUGGUACUAGUAUUUGGGGUCUUUUAGGAGGAUCUCGUUUUUUUCCAGCAGAAAUAGAUCCAAGACUUAAACAUAAAGAACGAGGAACUGUUAGUAUGGCUAUAGCAAACAAGGGAGGUGGUCAUUCUAAUUCUGGUUUGAGUGGUUCACAAUUUUUUAUCACAUUAGGAGAUAAUCUUGAUUAUCUUGAUGGAAAAUAUACGAUUUUUGGGAAAGUAGCAGAGGGUUUUGAUACUCUUGAAGCAAUUAAUAAUGCAUAUUGCGAUAGCAAUAUGAGACCAUUUAAAGAUAUUCGAAUUAAGCAUACGAUUAUUUUAGAUGAUCCAUUCCCUGAUCCAGAGGGUUUAGUUGAGCCAGAUAAGUCUCCGCUUCCUUCUAAGGAGCAGCUUUUUACAGUCAGGAUUGGAGAUGAUGAAAAAUUUGAUGAAGAUCUUGAUGAGGCUGAAGCGGAGAAGUUACGGAGAGAAAGAGAAGCAAAAGCGCAAGCAUUAACUUUAGAAAUGAUCGGAGAUCUUCCUUUUGCAGAAGUAAAGCCUCCUGAUCACGUUCUUUUUGUAUGUAAAUUGAACUCAGCAACACGAGAUGAAGAUUUAGAGUUAAUAUUUUCCCGAUUUGGAAAAAUCAUUAGUUGUGAAAUUAUAAGGGAUAGACGUACUGGUGAUUCUUUACAAUAUGCUUUUAUAGAAUUCGAAAAGAAAGAAGACUGUGAACAAGCUUAUUUUAAAAUGCAAGAUGUAUUAAUUGAUGAUAAACGAAUUAAAGUAGACUUUUCACAGUCUGUCUCUAAACUUUCGGAUUUAUGGAGAAUAACAACAAAUCAAAAACGAAAAAAUGCUGUACAAAAGUCAUUUGCUGGCUCUACUUAUUUAGAAAAAGGCAAAGCAUAUAGGGAAUAUAAAGAUGAUGGCUACAGUAUGGUUUUUGAUCAUCAUGACUUAAAAAAAAAAGCAAUCUCCGAUUAUUCUAAGGAUCGUACUUAUAAAGAUAGAGAUACUAAAGAACAUUCAUUUUAUGAUAGAAAAAAUUCUUAUAGAGAUUCUUCUCGUCAUCAUAGACAUAGAAAUAGCAGUUAUAGUCCAAAGCGCAGAAGAUAUUAA